UCUAGCCCACAAAAGGUAUACGAUAUCGAGAGACGCGAAGUCCACUUUCCACAUGCUCUCCAAUACCCGUGGAAACACCGUACAACUUCUCACCGUUCAUUUUGAUUCACAUCGCUUGCUGUACCCUCCCCUGAGAGCACAAUUUUACUGCUUUCCUUUGUAUUUGUAUGAGCAGAGGUUGUUGGAGUACUCUGAGUCACCUCUCUUGCGCCGCGCUACAAGUCUUAUGCCCAGCACGCACAUGCAUUCUAGUUGUGACACUGCGACGGAGAGUUUAGUUUUCUUCGAGUGAACUGGGCUUGCGGAUCCAGUAGGGGCGUUGUAAAGGCUCCGUUACAAUUUGCUUGUGCUUGCGAAGUAGUUCUUUCUCUCUGAAAGUGGAGGACAGAAUGGAAGGGGCAGGUGCGUCCAUGGAGGGUCAUCUUCCUGAACAUAGGAUAUGGAAAACGGACUCCUCGGACAUAAAGCUUCCCUUCGAUGUUGAGGACGUCUUAUGGCGUUACGGUGACAUCCCUAUACCGUGGCUUCCCACGUGAAGCGGGCCAGAAAGCCAAGUGCGCCUUGGAGUGCUGGAGGCAAUCGGCAACUGCAACACCUAUCGAAACCUGUUCGUAGAAGGUGAUAUAUCCAGGUUUACCGCUAGCGAAUGGGAGAUAGUCUUGAGAGGUUUUAUGUCUAGCACCGCUCUAAGAUCGCUUUCAGUUCAAAGUUUGACGUGGACAUCAGUUGCGGAAGUGGAGAGCUUGUGUUCACAGCUGGGGACGAUUCUGAGUACGUCUAGUGUAACGGAAGUGUGGAUUGAAGAUUGCAGCUUGAGUUCCACAUGUUUCUUGAAUCUCGCAUCAGGACUGCGAGAAAGUGCCCAGUCUAAACUCAACUUUUUACAAGUAUGGAACGCCUGGGCGGACACGAGUGCUUUGAAGCAAGUCGCUGACAUGAUAAACAGUGCUGCUCGAUUAGAAACUUUGUGUUUAGGGGGUGAGGUGGAUCGCAUGGUCGACAUGGACGAGGAGGCCACUCGAGCCCUGUCCCAGGCUCUGAUCCAGAGCUCGUCUCUGAAAACAUUGAAAGUGCGGAGUCCGGCAUCCGUGAAGGGCGGAGUGUCGGCAUUGAAAGUGCGGAGUCAGGCAUCUGUGAACUGCGGGGUGUCGGCAUUGAUGCUGAAUGCAUUCGCCGGAGAUGGUGGCAACCGAUCGAUCGACCGUCUUCAGCUGAUUGGAGUGUCUGGACUCGGGAACUUUCUACCGGAACUUUUUACUUCCAACCGAUCAUUGAAGGAAGUGGAGUUCACCGCCAUGGACGUGCGUCCUGAGCAAUGGGCCCUGUUGUGCCAGUCCAUACGAGAUAACUCUACAGCAACAACUAUUAAUGUAGUGAUUUUCAAGGAUGGAAUCUCUGGAGCAACCCUCGAGGAAAUAGAAGAGCUUGCGUGUGCGGCAAGCUCCGAUGUCAAGGACCCCGUAUUGCAUCUUCAAAUCUAUGCUAUGGAUUACGAUGUAUUAUUGUCUGCAUUCAACCAUUUAGGCAGGAUACUGCGCGGUGAAUUCAAAUCUGUAAAAUCUUUUGAUCUAUUUCCAGCAGUUUCUUCCACUUCAGGUAGCAACCAAAAGAGAAUGAAGUGUAUCCAUCCGAAAUUGAGAAAUACUGGAGGAAGUUCAGACCUGAAUGAACAGUUUUGGUGGAUGAGCCAAAGAAUUGAGAAGGGAAUAUGGAAGGAACUGCUCCUUUGCUUGCGUGGGAACACAAGUGUCACUACCUUGGAUUUGUUUUUUAGUCACCUCAAGCAAGAAGAGUUCAUGGACCUGAUGGAGCUAUUGCAAGUGAACUUGACUCUCCAGUACAUCGAUGUCUCCAAGACCCCGUGGGGAACGGACGGAAAGGCGGCGCUGAUUCAAGCGGGCCCUAAAGCAAAAUCAGAAGAUGGACUCUUCAUGUCUUUGUUUAGAGAAGCCAAAUUAGCAUUUGGAGAUGCAAAAGCUGGUCAACUCUUCUUAUGCGGCUCUCCUAGAGCAGGCAAGACCCAAUUGCGUCGAACCCUGAUGAGGAUAAUCCAAGUCAAGAGUUGGAUCGGGAACAAAUGGGAUGAAUUGUGGAGGACCAAAGGGAUUGAAGUGGAGUUUUUGCAGAACAAUGACAAAAUGCAAAUCUCAAUCUAGGAUCUUGCAGGACAUUGGAUUUUUCGUACCCUUCAAACUGUACUCUUUCCUCAGACUAACGACUUUUGUGUUUUUCUUUUUGUGUAUAGCCCAUUCUGUGAGGAAACAUCUUCUCCCAAACAAGAAUCUUGUUUUAGAACUGAGUUGGAGGGCUGGCUGACUUUCAUUGCAUCCAGCACUAAGGUAACUGGUCAUAGUCUUCCAGAAGUUCUUGUUGUAAUUUCACACAAGGAUAAGAUGACAUCCAGAUCUUUGACUUGGGCUUGAUCCACAGUGGAAGAACUCAGAAAAGUAUUUUCAAAGUGUGUUGAUCUCCGCCCUAUUGAAGAGUGUAUUUAUGUAGAUGCUAGGAAAAAGAAACAAGUGAUUCCUCUCAAAAAUCACAUUUUUGAUAUAUUUGACAAUUUGUUGAGUGAAAAAUCCCCACAGGUUCCCCAAUUGUGUUUUCAACUGUCUUCUCUCCUGCUUUCAAACAUCAAAGAGAACAAAAUCUGCCCUCUUUGGCCAUUAGAAAAGUUUCAUGAAUUCUGUUCUCCUAUCUUGAAACAAUUCAUUCCACUAUCUUUUGCUCACUCGGUUGAUCAUUCAAAAAUUUUAUCCUCAGUUGUAUCCUAUUUAAAUGAUGUUGGAUCCAUCAUUUAUAUUCCCAACCUUGAUCACAUAGUCGUGGAUCCGAAUUGGCUCACGAAUUCAUUUUUGGGUGACCUGAUAGCUAUGGGUCAACACUUUCAAGCUCAAGAGUCCAAGGAUGAGGAGAAAAUGAGGUCAAGGGACUCAUACACAAGCAAGGACGGAUUUGUGAGUGAGAGUGUCUUCAGUCGAUUGAUGGACACGUUCUUGGAAAAGCAAUCACGGCUUCAAAAUGUUGACAGAGAGUUGCUUGAAAAGAUUUUUUUUAAUUUAGAUUUGUGUUUCAAGCUUGAAGAUACUUCUCAAUACUUCAUUCCCUCCUUCAUCCCUGAGGAAGAACGGGCGCACGUGGAAUCGAUGACAUGGGACUCUAAGGUUGCGACUUCACAGUUUGUCAGCAUUUGGAUUCAAUGCGAAGAUCUAAAAACAAUGACACUGACUGCUGACUUUUUUCCACGCUUCCAGGUGUUCAUGAGACGCAAGUUGAUAUCCGAGAUGCAUGUUUCCAAGGAGACUAUGACAUUCUCUCGACACUAUCUGAGACUUUAUCUUGAUGGACACCAAAUCUAUGUGGAGCACGUUCAGAGUGAGAAGUCCCACAAUUAUGUAGAUGUUUUGAUGUUAUGCUCAAAGCAUAAAUCAAAAGAGGUGGCUAUCAAAUAUGCCUUGAAGCUUAUUGUCCAGGAGUUGAUAUCAUUUUGCGCAUCAUUCAACGGUUGUCCCGGGGUGGCAUUAGUGCUUGAUGUUAUCCAAACAACGUGCGUGGAGUUGCUGAUUCCGAUUCAUCUUAGAGGAGCCAUUUUGAUUGAGGAGCUCAAAUCAAAGUUCUCUAUUAACAUCAAUGAUAGAAUUGGGAUUAUUGGGUUGGAUUGGUCGCAGUCGGUGGAGGAAGAGUUGCUCCACCAUGAGUAUACUUGGCCCCCGAUUCAAAGUUUGCGAUUAAACGCAACAUUCGAACGGGCUACGAAUCUGCUGUGGGAGAGCGAUGUGAAUGAGAUCCGACAUGAGAUCCGACAGAAGCACAUUCAACAAUUGGAGUCAUUGCAGCAAAGCCUUCAGCAAUCAUUGAACAAUGAUUUGGCUCAGUCUCACUCUUAAAGUGAGAACACGGAUAGCAACUCAAGUUUACCUAACAUAAAAGACUUCAAUCCAGCUUCAGCCAAGUGCUUGACACGGGCCAGCACAAGUGUAGAGUAUCGUUCUCCCCUACCUGGGAACAAUAUCGAUCUGCUUGUACAAAAGAUUGAUGGUUUAGAUGAGAGGUUCAUAUUGAUUGAGAGCAUUGUGCAGGGACUGGAUGUGAAGAUGGGAUAUAUAGUCUCUCUACACGACAACUACGGUCAACGUUGAGUUCCUUCAUGUCUGAAGUUGAUAGGAUAAUCGGUUAUUCAGAAUUGCAUCAGCAGUCAAGAACGCCCAAGCGUCCUUACAUCACGAACGAUGUUGGAUUUUUCUACCGAAUGAGUGCAAGUCUGCAUCUGGGAACAACUGUUCGCUUACGGUUGAUGUGUGAGUCUGUCACUGGCUUUCACACCGUCAAAGAUCAAGAAGGUUUGAAGUUGCGCUUGGAUCGAGAGAAUAGCGGGUGGAUUCCAACAAUUAUUGAGAUUUCAUACAAAGUACUGUAUGCUGUAAAGACUAGAGUGGAUGUGAUCCUUGGGGUAGGCCAGGCUAUUCCGGAUUGGGAUGCUUUAAAAACCAAUAUUGUUAAACUAGAUUCUAUUAGUGAUAUUGAUCGUAGUGCAAUUCGAAAAGGUGGACAUAGUGAGCAGCUGAACGAAACAUGGUUGAGGAUUCAACAAACUCUUGCGCCUCAGCUUAAAGAUAGCUUUUCCAGAAUCUUCAACUUGUAUCUGGUGAAGUACGUGGGACAACAAAAUGAUGGGCAUGCAUGGGU